UACUACCUCACUACCUCACUAAUUACUACCACCACUAUUACCACUGGUCCCUCCCCAGGUGCUGACCUGUUACCUUUCUUUUACCACCUAAAACAAGCCACCACCACCUUACUAUUGUUUUUUUUUUGUGUUCUGUUUUAGAGCGAAAGAGAGGGCAAACCAAAAAAAAGGGUUCGACGUACUUGCAUGCUUUAGAAUCGUCUCGGGCUUUCCAUCGGCGUCAUGAUUGUAGAUGAGAUUAACGGUGUGCGACAAAACGGCAACACCAAUGGCGACACUAAUGGCGACCUCAACGGUCAUGGUCCGGCUAAGCGCCGUGAAACCAACGGAUCACGAUACACUUCUGAGGUCUGCGUCGUCGGAGCCGGCCCGGCUGGCUUAAUGUUGGCUGUUCUUCUGGCUAGAUUCGGCAUCAGUGUCGAGAUCAUAGAUGAACGAGCAGACCAAACACAAGCUGGUCGUGCUGAUGGGUUGCAACCUAAGACGAUAGAGACUCUGCGCCAACUCAGACUCUCAGAUAGUCUUCUUCAGAAAGGUGCUAAAGUGUAUGACAUAUGCUUCUGGGAAGCUACUGCAAACCGUCGCUUGAGGCGGCUGGGCCGCGAGAUUCAUUAUCCCGCGCUAGUGGUCGAUCUUCUCGAUGAUUAUAUUCUCCUUGUCCAUCAGGGAGUUGUAGAAGGAGUUUUUAUAGAGGAUCUCAGAAAGCGUGGUAUCGAAGUAAAGCGAAGCCACCAGUUCCAAACCUUCAAGCAGAAAGAAGAUGAGGCUGGUUUAUUAGAGGUGGAGAGUAAGACCACGACCACAGGCGAAAAGGAGACGACAUUAACCAAGUACAUAGUGGGAUGUGAUGGCGCCCGAUCCAAGGUACGAAAUUGCAUACCGGAUACAUAUUCGGUAGGCAAGUCACAUGAAUCUGUAUGGGCUGUGCUUGAUGGAGAGCUUAUCUCGGAUUUCCCGGAUCUCUGGUCUAAGACGGUGGUCUACAGCGAGGUGCACGGAUCUAUUCUCAUUGUCCCGCGGGAACGGGGCACCACUCGAUUCUACGUUGAAAUAAAACCGGAUACCGAGACCGGUAACCUGCGAGAACUCGGCCAAGAAUUCGUUAUGAAGCGUGCCAAGCAAAUCUUGGCACCGUACUCGGUGGAAUGGCGUACCGUAGAAUGGUUCGGUAAUUAUCAGAUUGGCCAACGGAUAGCAAACAAGUUCACCAACCCACACCUACAAGCAUUCAUUGCCGGAGACGCGAGUCAUACGCAUUCGCCGAAGGCUGCGCAGGGAAUGAACACGAGUAUGCACGACAGCUGGAACCUCGCCUGGAAGUUGAACCUUGCCUCAAGGGGUCUAGCAAAGCCUGUUCUACUUGAAUCAUAUGAGAUGGAACGCAGGAAGAUUGCUCACGAUCUCAUCAACUUUGACUACGAACACGCUAACAAGAUGGCUGGUGGUGAUGCUAAAGCUCUUGCUGAGAACUUCCGCACGAAUGUACGAUUCAUCUCGGGUGUUGGUGUCGAGUAUGAUCAUAACGUACUUAACCACCCAUCCAAACGCAGCGGGGGCGAGCUGAGGCCAGGCUGUCUCGUACCCCCCGCCAAGGUAACUCGAUAUAUCGAUGCGAAUCCGAUUGAUGUCCAACUUGAUAUCCCCAUGCUGGGACAGUUUAGGGUGUAUUUCUUCGUGCCGGAUAUUCAUAACAGCAUGCCUUUCCUCCAGACAUUCUGUAAUGGAUUGACGAAGCAGGACUCAUUGUUUAGGAAACUGAGUCAAGCCGCGGCAACAAGUUAUGCGGAAAAACCGCGCACCCCAACGGCUGAGGAUGUCUACACGCGCGCCGAGAGGUAUACGACCGUCAGUGAACUUACGACGUUUGCUCUCAUUACGACAAUGGACAAAGCUAGAGUUGAGAUCCAAGAUCUCCCCCCUCUCUUUGCUCGAAGCGCUUGGACGUUUUACUUAGACAACGUACCAUACCUAGAUACCCGCAGACAGACAUGUACGAGCAAAUGGGUCGGGACAUUACAGAAGGACGAAGUUGCUAUCGUAAUUCUACGACCUGAUGGUUACGUAGGGUCAGUUAGUAGGUGGGAUUCGUUAGGUGUUAAUGCUGGUGCAACUUCAGCCGAGUGGCUUAAUUCGUACUAUGAUGGGUUUCUUAAAGUUCCCGAUGGAAGGUAAUAAUUAAGUAGAGAGUAGGUACGUAUGAUCGGAAUGGGAAGCGGCAUAUUUGCAUGGCGAAGCCUGGGUUUCUUUAUCACCAUUUACGGAUGUUGUACGGUAUACUUUACACCUGGUAGCUCAUCUGCGGGAUACAUGUCAUCUCAAUUUACAUGUUCAUUUUUCUUGGAUUAGUCACUACUGGACUUCCUAUAA